AUGAUCGCCGGCCAACGAUUCGAGAUAAACUUGGACGACGAGGACAGCCAAGAUGGAAACGCGGCUGGUGACGCUCCGAGACAGGGCGCGUUUGUCGGCGAUGUUCUGGAGAGAAAGCCGGGCGUUGCAGUGCCACCUGCGCCUCCGACGAUAAAGAGCACAAGCGGUUUCCCGGAGCAUCGCAAGCGCGAUACGAGCAGUCGAUUCAAGCAGCGCAAUCUGCCUGCAAAAAGUCAGGCCAAGCCGAGCGAUCUUGGCUCGAAUGAGGCUGCCACUAACAAUCGUCAUACUCCCUCCACACCGAUGUCAUGGGAGGAGGAGGAAAAGCAACGGAUAGACCAGGAGAAUCAACAAAAGCUGGCACAGAUGUCUCCGGAUGAAAUCGAAGAAGAACGCCGCGAGCUCAUGAACAGCUUGGGCCCGACGCUGCUUCAACGUCUACUGCAACGAGCAAACAUCGACAGCGGUAGCAUGGAACAAGACCUUUCCAAGCACUCGCAGCCUCCGAUUCCCGACAGUUCGAAAUCGACAUCGUCGGUCAGCAAGACCGUCUCUUUUGCAGAGCCCGACACGACUCCCAAUGUCCCCUCAGAACCGGCAAGGCAACCCAGUCCCGAUCGUGACGGUAAAGAAGAAGAAGCACCAGCCACCGAACCUCUCCCAACCGACAGCAUACAUUUUCCGCGCGCCCCUCAACCACCAGAUCUUGACCCUCAAUCAUCCACCUUCCUGACCGACCUGCACGCCAAAUACUUCCCCUCGCUCCCCUCCGACCCCGAUAAACUAGAGUGGAUGCAGGCCUCCAAUCCCUCCGCCUCCACGUACAACCCCGCGGCCACCGCCUUCAAACCAAAAGACCUCCGCUUCUCCUUUAGAGGCGACCUCAUCCCGCCCAAAACGGCCGCGGAAAUCCCAGUGACAGCCGGCCUGCACCACCACGGCGACGCCCCGGAUGCAGCGGGCUAUACCAUCGCCGAACUCGCGCAUCUCGCUCAGUCAUCCUACCCUGCACAGCGCUGCAUUGCUUUCCAAACGCUUGGGCGCAUCCUCUACCGAUUAGGGAGAGGGCACUUUGGCGAGUUGGCGAGGGGUCUGUGGAGGGAGAUGGAGCAGGCGAGGGUGGUGGAUAUCUUGGUGCGGGAGAGUGAGGGCAACGGGGCAGAUAGAGGACGGCAUGUUAGUGCACAGUCUUAUGCUACGGAGGCUGUUUGGCUGUGGAGGAAAGGUGGAGGGAGAAGGUGGAAGGCGAAUUGA